UUUGUUGUUCCAUCUGUUGAAUGUGUAGUCUCCCACAUCUUUUAGCUCCUGUUGAGGAAAACGUUAAACGUUUAACCAGCGCAGCAGCCGCUGCUGUUUAAUCGCAGUCAUGUCGGUUUAGUAAGGAAAUCAGGUCUAACCGGAGCGGCCCGGUGGUUGUUGUUGUUGUUUAUGUGCUGCAGGUAACAGCAGAGCGGUGAGAUGGCCAUCGCCCACGUGGCUACAGAGUACGUGUUCAGCGAUUUUCUGCUGAAGGAGCCGAACCAGGCUCGAUACCGCAGUGUCCGAACCGAGCUGGCUGUGGACAAGAUGGUGACCUGUGUGGCGGUGGGCCUGCCCCUCCUCCUCAUCUCUCUGGCUUUUGCUCAGGAGGUUUCAGUCGGUACUCAGAUCAGCUGCUUUGCUCCUGCUAACUUCUCAUGGAGGCAGGCUGCUUAUGUGGACUCGUACUGCUGGGCAGCGGUACACACACACACUCUGCCUCUGUGGCUUCACAAGUUCUUCCCCUACAUCUUGCUGUUGGUGGCAGUGCUGAUGUACAUCCCGGCGUUGUUCUGGAGGUUUUCUGCUGCCCCCCUCCUGCAGUCGGACCUCAGCUUCAUCAUGGAGGAGUUGGACCGGUGUUACAACCGCGCUGUCACUCUGGCCAAACGCAUGGCCACAUCAGGGCUGCUCACAGCAGACAGUGACCCUACCGAGGGCUGUUUCAAUUAUCCGCUGGUGGAGAAGUUUCUGAUGACCAAGCGCUGCUCGCGGGUGAUGCUGUUCUACUACCUGAUGUGUCGCGGCCUGACUCUUGUCACCCUGCUGUGUGCCUGCGUGUACCUGGGUUACUACCUUCGCCUGGCCUCCGUCACGGACGAGUUCGGCUGCACCCUCCGUGUCGGCCUUCUCGCCUUCGACCCCAGCGUCCCCGACAAGGUGCAGUGUAAGCUCAUCGCUGUGGGAGUCUUCUCUUUGCUCAGUCUCGUCAACUUGAUCGUGUUCGUUGCACUGAUUCCAGCCGUGAUCUAUGCCAGUCUCCGCCCCCUCCUCUGCGAUGGAUACGCCCGAUUCCUGGAAACCUACCAGUCCCUCCCCACAGUGAGCGUCCUGCCCUCCCCCGGGGGCCAGUGGGAUGAUCUCUCUCUGUAUCUGCUCUUCCUGAACGAGAACAUCAGCGAACUGAAGUCCUACAAAUACAUCAAGGUGUUGGAGUUGUUGAGGAGACGAGGCGAAUACUCCGGAGAGAACUUUGACACCAUGGGCCUGCUGCAGACCCUGUGUCUGGUGAAGAUGGACAGUGUGGAUGGGAAUAAAGCGACUGGAGCUGCAGCAAAACAGGAUCAGAUGAAAAGUGAUGCGGAUGCGUCUGCCAGCAGCUCCACAGCAGCCGGCGCUGGAGCUGCUAAGAACAGCUGCAACCGUCUAAACUCGGCUGCAGGCGACGACAGCAAGAUGGAAACUGAAAUGAAAGAGCUCACUCCUUUUCUGCAGACGAACAGCGAUGCAACAGGCAGCAAACACAGCGAGGGAGGGUCCGUCCGCCAGCGAGCGAUGUGAUCGGUCCCUGGAAGUAACUUCACCACGGAGGGAUAACGAUAGGACGGGAG